ACAUUUUGUUUUAAUUGUGGACACACUCGCAGGUCGUGGGAACUGUAUUUUUCCAGGGAGUCAGGAGGUGAGCAACAGGACAAAGGAUGUCGUAAACUCGACCGAAGUAAGUGGUGGAGCUAAGAAGCUGGGAUUGAUCGGAAUAAGUGGAAACACUGUAGCAAUUUGUAUUUUGUUACUCAUUCCUUUUGUGACUCCUUGGUGAAGAAGAUAAUACAAGUUUUUUUUUUUUUUAAAUGUUAGUCUUCGUGAAUGUUGUUGAAAAGGGAGGUGAACAAAGCAUUAGUUCCACUAGGAAAGCAUUGAAAGGGUUAAGUUUGAUACUGGACCCAAGAAUGCAGUUACUUUGUCUAAGAAUUCUUAAGAUUGUCAAAAGUCACGAGCACCGACUAGGUUGUGUCGUGGGGUCUUUGUGUUCGAGAAUCGUGACCGUAAUGGUGGCCCAGCAACACGGAGCUGGAUCUGAAUGUUAGGUGAAAGAAUGACUGUUUUUAUAAAAAAAAUAGUUGUGC